CAAUCUUCCUGCUCCUCUGACAGACUGAGGAAUCGCGUCCACAUUUCGCUCCAGAUCGUCCCGUCUUCCAGGAUACAGGGCAGGGAAAUGGCCAUGAUGGAGGCAGCUCAGAUGCCAGUGACUUUCGAGGAGGUGGCUGUGUAUUUCACCCAGGGGCAGGGGGCUCUGCUGGACCCCGCUCAGAGAGCCCUCUACAGGGACGUCAUGCAGGAGAACUACGAGACGGUGACGUCGCUGGGAUUCCCCAUUCCCAAACCUGACCUGAUCACCCGGCUGGAACAAGGGAAAGAGCCGUGGGUGCCCGAUCUCCAGGCCUAUGAGAAAAGCGAACUUCCGAGAAGCCCCCACGCAGCAGGUAACGAGACAGUGAGUGAGAACAAGGAUGGGAAUCAACAGCAGGAAGUUUCUGGGCACGGGGAACCACAGCGGACCUUUGUGGGAAGAGCUGAAGGAAAUUUCUCCCAGUGCUUGGAACAGGGAGAAGCCUGGAGAAAUUGGCAGAAGUCAGAGAGGCUGCUGGGAAACCACUCAAGGGAGCAAAUGGAUGAAUCUGUUGUAUAUGGGGAAGAACACAGGAAUCCCACAACCCAGCAGACAGCCCCCAAGGAAGACAAACGCUAUGACUACCUCGGUUCUGUUACACUUCAGGCAAUAAAUACUGAAGAGAAAACACUUCAAUGGUUGGACUGUGGGGAAAAUUUCAGUAAGUGUUCAGAUCUUGCUAACCAUGGGAGAAGCCCCCCGGGAGAGAGACUCUCUCAGUGCCCUGAGGGCAGGAAUUGUUUGAAUUGGAAGUCAGCACUGAUUACACAUCAGAAAACCCACACCGGAGACAGACCACAUAAGUGCUUAGACUGUGGGAAAAGUUUCAGAUGGAGAUCAGCCUUUGUUAAUCAUCAGAGAAUCCACACCGGAGAGAGACCCCAUAAGUGCUUGGAUUGUGGGAAAAGUUUCAUACAGAGGUCAAACCUUGUUACACAUCAGGCAAUCCACACCGGAGAGAGACCCCACAAGUGCUUAGACUGUGGGAAAAGUUUCAUACGAAGGUCAGACCUUCUUGUGCAUCAGGCAGUCCACACCAGAGAGAGACCCCAUAAAUGCUUAGACUGUGGAAAAAGUUUCCUACGGAGAUCACACCUUCUUAUGCAUCAGGCAGUCCACACCGGAGGAGGACAUAAGUGCUUAAACUGUGGGAAAAGUUUCACAUAUAGAUCAGUCCUGGUUACACAUAAGAGAUUACACAUGGGGGAGAGACCCCAUAAGUGCUUAGACUGUGGAAAAAGUUUCAUACAGAGGUCAAACCUUGUUAAACAUCAGAGAAUACACACUGGAGAGAGACCCUAUAAGUGCUUAUACUGUGAGAAAAGUUUCAGAUGGAGGUCAGCCUUUGUUAAUCAUCAGAGAAUCCACACAGGAGAGACACCCCACAAGUGCUUGGACUGUGGGAAAAAAAAGUUUCAUACAGAGGUCAGACCUUGUUAAACAUCAGGCAAUCCACACCGAAGAUUAACCCCUUAAGUGCUUAGACUGUGGGAAACAUAGCAGAAACUGAUCAGUCCUUGUUUUACAUCAGAGAAUCCACAAGACUCCAUAGGUGCUUGGACUGUGACAAAAGUUAUACAUAGAGAUCACACCUCAUUAAACAUUGGAGAAUUCACACACGAUCUAAACUUCUGUGACGCAUGGCCUGAAAGAGUUAAGAACCUUGCAGGCUAAUUCACCAAGCUUCAACCUUUAGAGACAUGUUAGAAAAGUGUGUAAAUGGUAUUUGGGGCCAUUCCAAGAAAUAUAGACUAGAACUUUGAAAUGUAAACUGCUGUUGUUAAAAAACUGGAAGAAGAUAGUAGUGCUGUUGAUUAAUUGCAGUUGAGUCGUGUGAUUAACUCAAAAAAAUUCAUUGUGAUUAGAAAAUAUAAUCUUGAUGAAUCACGUUGUUAAACAAUAGAAUACUAAUUGAAAUUUGUUAACUGUUUUUGGAUGUUUUUCUUCGUUUUCAUAUCUGUUGAUUUCCCUCACAACAAAGAAGAGAAAGUGUGCAGUGCUCGCUUUAUAUUAUUUUUUAUUACAAAUAUUUGUACUGUAAA